GUAACGGAGGUCAGUGGGUGUAGCCGUGCAGAUGUCGCUCAGACUCACCUCGGGGGAGGCGGGGGUCCGCUCUCGGGUCUCCGCCUUUGGUCUCCUCGGGUGGGUGGACAGGUGAAGAAAUAGGUCUCACAAAAAAGUAGGUCCACAAACCGAAUGUAAAGUUUAAGACUGCAAGGCAGCCAAGUAUUUUAUUCAAAAAAAGAAGAAAGAAAUAAACAAAGUACAACUACAAGUGAGUUCCCGCACGGGAGCCUGACGCAAAAGUCACAAAAACUCAAAAACUCUCUUUUUCUCUCGACCCUCUGUUUCCUCUGUUCGUCACCUUUAUACCCUCGGCUCCUCCCACUUUGACCGGAUAUCCGUCCCUCUUUGGGGUGCUGAUGGGGGGUUCAUCCCCCCCCCCCCUCUCUUCCUGAGAGGUUCUGGAGAGACUCUCUGUCCCACAUCAAAGAGGGGGACUGUUGUCUCCGCUGGUUUAGAUGAGCUCGGUCACCUCGGUGACCUGUCUCCGGGUGUCUCCUCUUAUCUCUCAGGCACUUUGGGUACCCUCUUUAUGAUGCUUUCAGACCUGGUGAGACUUCCCGUGGGCAGUGACACAGAACACACUCUCACCGGGUGUCAGUAUACAGAACAGAUGGGAGACAUAGGUUACAUUAUCAUAUCAAAGACCAUUGAUCUACAGGCAGGUUAACACACAUGAAUUCAGGUUUGUGUUUAUUCACUCCGCAAUACAUCCUCCUGGGCCCAUAUGGUGCGGAUAUGGGCUCCGAACACACAAUCAACCAGGUCUUCAUUUGAAUAUCACCAGAGGUGCAAUGUUUACAUCUGGUGUCGGCGUGGGGCCCCUGAGUGAGUUCAGACAGAGGGUCACCGGUUGUAAACGCCAAAGAUGACCACUCAGGACCCGUGUUCUGUCACACCUGGCCCUCUGCUUAUCGUCCCAGCGAUGGCCUCGACGCUUUCAUUUGAUCUUACAGCCACUCUCCCUGUCGGCCGGCCUGAUGGAUGCCUUGUUGCUUUCCUGUUGUUGUAGUCUAAUGGAACUGGGGUCCCCUUUGAUCUGUUUUAUUACUCACAUUCCGCAUUCGCUUUUCCCCGGCCUGGUCUACGGCUCCUCUUGCUAAUCCCAGAAAAAUUCGCAUUUAUUUGUCCCACUUCUAACAAGACACUUUACAUCACGUAAUUAAAACAUCCUCAAAUCUAUACCAUGCACACAACGAGAAUUUCUAGAACGUAGAGCUCACAAUCACACAUUGAAAAGCAGGUGGGUUCAAACUCAUCAGCAUCUCAAGGAGAUGGUAUUAUGUCACAUAUGAUACAUUUCUAAAUGUAGGGUUGUUAUGAGAUGUUUUAACAACAUCUGAUAAUGAUGAUUAGUCAGAUAACAGACAAGUGGUAUAACCCCCCCUCCCCCCAAUAAUAAAAAAUAUUCCACUGCACAUUUUUUUCUCCAUAAAAAACACUUCAUAAAUCAUUUCGGCAAUCAGUAACACCGGAGAGCCAAAGUCUCUCAGUUGCUCUUUGUAGCCGUCGUAAACUUCAUUCGGGGCUGAAGGUCAUCUUGUUAACGUGCACAUUUAAAGCAAAGCGGCGCCGUUUCCUUGACACUGUGCGACGAUGGAGCGAGCCCUGCUGUGGUUCGGCGCCGUGGCCCUUGCCGCUUCAUACACUCUACCUGCUUCCCCUUGGGUACACGAGGUUUACGAGAACGGCGAGGACGAGAACCCCACCCUGAACCUGGGAUCAGACGAGAAUCUUCUUGAAGGGGACAUUCUAAAUCCAAAAGGAAAGAAUGCAAUCAUUGACAAAAGAUACAGAUGGAAAUUUCCAAUUCCUUAUAUUCUGGGUGACGAUUUGGAUCUGAACGCCAAGGGCUGCGUCCACCAGGCCUUUGAAAUGUAUCGUCUGAAGUCUUGCAUUGACUUCAAGCCCUAUGAGGGAGAGAAAACGUUCAUCAAGUUUGUAAAGAAAGGCGGGUGUUUCUCCAGCCUUGGUGACCAGCAGAAAGGCCAGAUUCUGUCUCUUGGGCCCGGCUGUGACCACAAGGCGGUGAUUGAACACGAGCUGCUCCACGCUCUGGGCUUUUACCACGAACAGUCCCGCACAGACAGGGACGACUACGUCGACAUCUGGCUGGAUCAGGUGACGCCGGGACUCGAAAACAACUUCAACAAGUACAACGACGACUACGUCACGGACCAAAACACGGCGUACGACUACGAGUCCGUCAUGCAUUACAGGCCCUUCUCCUUCAAUAAGAACACAUCCAUCCCCACAGUCACCACCAAAAUCCCGGAAUUCUACAACAUCAUUGGCCAGUACCUGGACUUCAGUCCGAUGGACACCCUCAGGCUCAACCGAAUGUACAACUGCUCUGCUCCCCUCACCCUGCUGGACCAGUGUGCCUUUGAGUCCCCCAGCAUUUGCGGGAUGAUCCAGGCCUCCACCGACAACGCCGACUGGGUCCAUACCAAGAGCAGUGCGGGUGCAGAGGAUCACACCCUCCUGGGAAAAUGCAGAGAUGCUGGCUACUUCAUGCACUUCAGCACCAUGACUGGGAAGCCGAUGGAGUCCGCACUGCUGGAAUCCCGAACCCUCUACCCCAAGAGGAAGCUUCAGUGUCUGCAGUUCUUCUACAAGAUGACCGGAAGCUACGAGGACAGGCUGGUGAUCUGGGUCAAGAUGGACGAUGGCACAGGGGCCGUUCGUAGAAUGAAGAAAAUACAAACCUUUUACGCGGACUCUGACGACACGUGGAAGCUCGCCCACGUCACGAUGGAGGUCGGAGUAAAAUUCCGCUAUUCCUUCCAAGCGGCGAGCGGCGCUCUCAAUGCCUCCGCCGGCGGCAUCUACAUCGACGACGUCAGCCUGACCGAGACACGGUGCCCCGACACCGUGUGGAGGAUCCAGAACUUCACCGGGAUCAUGGAAACGGCCAACGCCAGCACCGUUAUCGACAGCCCUCCUUUCUACAGCCCCGAAGGCUACGGCUACGGCGUCCGUGUCAUGCCGCUGUCGAGCUACACCGAUUACACCGGGAACUACGUGGGGCUGUACUUCCACCUGGUCAGCGGAGAGAACGACGUGGUGAUGCAGUGGCCGGCGGUAAACAGACAGGCCACCUUGGUGGUGAUGGACCAAGACCCAGACGUGAAGCAGAGGAUGUCGUCCGCGCGCAGCCUCACCACUGAUAUGAGAACGACAUCAGAUGGACAGCUGUUUUGGGACAAUCCAUCCAAGACGGGGACGUUUGACCCCUUCUGCGACUGCUACAGAAGCGAAUCGUGGGGCUGGAGGAACUUCAUCAAGCACUUUGACCUCAAGCGGCACAAUUACCUCAAGAACGACGACCUCUUCAUCUUCGUGGACUUUGAGGAUGUAACAUCACUGAUCAAAACAGAAGUUCCCAUUAAACCAGCGGAGUGAGGUCACACGGGAUCUCACAUCAUGAUGGACUGGAGCAUCCGAUGGAACAUCUGCAGCUGGGAUGUGGAGAACGGAAUGAUGAAAAUGAGGAACGACUGAAUGGAAUGGAAAAUAAACCACAUUUUUAUUAUUAUGUAAAGUUAUUAUAUUUAGUACAUAAUCAGUAAAUAAUGCAAUAAUGUGAAUGCAUGCUAUACUUUAAAAGAGCGUCAUA